GGCUAUAAAUUCCAGGUUGGUCUAUUAGAGCUGCACAGUGUUACCUAUGCUACACACCCACCCCACAGGAGGCGUACACUACACACUCGACGGGGUCAAGAAACCAUUUAAACCAUUUCCUCAUCGAAGCGAGUGCGCGUCCACGGUAAGCGCAGGUCCAGUGGUAACGACAUCGGCAAGACGGACGCAACGCGGGCUUCAUGACGGCUUUAACGCAGCGAUAAACCGCGCUCGUCCCCGCCAGGUGUGGAUCUAAUGCUAAAGUCAUAAUGAGCAUUAUAUUUUAGCCAAAAGCUUGCCUUUGAACAUCUGUAGAGAGAAGACAGAGCAGGAGAAAGAGCACAAUGGCUGUCUUCAAGCUGGACAAUGUUGAAGACCUUUAUGAGAUUGGAGUUGUUUUGGGAAGUGGUCACUUCGGGCAGGUGCGUGAGGUUCGGGAUCGAGCCACUGAUGUUUUGUGGGCAGGUAAAUUCCUGAAGCUGAAGCGAGGUGCAGGAAGCAGGCUGGGACUGGAGAGGAAGAGCGUGGAGAAGGAGGUGGAGAUCCUUCAGAGCCUUCAACAUCAAAACAUCAUGGGUCUUAAAGAUGUUUUUGAGAGCAAGGCAGAGGUGGUCCUCAUCAUUGAGCUCAUAAAGGGUGGCGAACUCUUCGAUUUCAUCGCAGAGAAGGAAAACCUCACUGAGACAGAAGCCAUUGAGUUCAUGAAACAGAUUCUGGAAGGUGUCAAGUACAUGCAUCAAAAAAACAUCGCCCACUUUGACCUGAAGCCUGAGAACAUCAUGUUGUUGGACAAACACGCCACCAACCCGGACAUCAAAAUUAUUGAUUUCGGCAUGGCCCAACGAUUUAUUCAAGGGGAAGAAUACAGAAGUUUAGGUGGAACCCCACAGUACAUUGCCCCUGAGAUCAUCAACUAUGAGCCUCUCGGGACAGCAGCAGAUAUGUGGAGCAUGGGUGUCAUUACAUACAUUCUUUUGAGUGGUCUGUCCCCGUUCCAAGGCGAGACGGAUGAAGAAACCCUGAAGAACAUUGUGGCGAUGAAUUAUGAGUUUGAGCCGCACUAAUUCAGCCAAACCAGCAACAUGGCCAAAGAUUUCAUCCAGAAACUGCUAGUUAAAGAUCAGACUGAAAGAAUGACAGCAGAUGAAUGCCUAAUUCACCCCUGGAUUAAGCCUCUGAACAGAACUCAAAUUGCCAAGAGGAACCGUUCCUCCAUCAACAUGAAGAACUUUAGGAAGUUUAAUGCAAAGAGGAAAUGGAGGAUGUCAUUUAACAUGGUUUCAGCCUGUAAUCGGUUUACUCGACUGCAGUUACGUUGCAAGGACCGUUGUACAGGACAACAAGAACUGUUUACAGAGUCUAGUGAUGUCACAGAGACAACAGUGAUAUUUCAGGACAGCGAUAGCACUGAUAUCUGUCAGAGAGACUGUGAGAGCGACCAGGAGGACACCGCGACAAAACCUGCUUCUCUCCUACGGCGACGUCUUAGUAGCAACUCAUAAGGAUCGCCAGCAGAGGGAGACAAAAACCACAAGCGUCUCCCUGUGACGAGAUGACGCCGCUCAUUACAGCUGCAGUACUCUGUACUUCCGGCAGGGGGAGGUCAUGCGCACAUCAUCCGCACUCUUAAGCAACCCUUCCCUCAAGGCCUUGAACCUUGCAUGCGAUUGCCACAACUAGCUUACAUAUCCUGUUACAGUGAAUGACGUCAUUUCAAAGAAGGAUGGGGCCAUGACAUCAUUGUGGUAUUCUCCAUGCUAAUAUGCAAGCAUGUUCAUAGAGUUCUACCUCUGACAGACAUUGUGAUGCUUCUACCUGAAGUGCUACAGACAGGAGGGUCUCUGAAGGAUGUACCUGUGAUGUUCUUCAAAAAGAUUUACUUACCCAGGAUCCAAAUUUGUGUUUUAUUGUUGGUUGGGCGUAGAGGAAACUCUUGGGUUUAUUUUUGGAUUUUUAUGGAAGAAGUUUAAUGUUUAACAAUGGAAAGUAAUGGCACAGAUUUUUAGACACGUUUUAAGCUUACAUCCAGAAAACAAGCACCUAAAAAAUAAAUUGUAAAUAACAGGACCUAACAAGACAAGACCUCUGGGCUGAGUGCCUUAACAUACACAUACUCUCAAAAACAUGAUUUAGACCUAUACAUGUUCUCCGGUACUGAAUCAGACACCACAAAUUACUCACAUUAGUGAUAGACUCACAAGUACAGUACUGCCUCGCAAAUUGUGUUUCGUUUUUUUGUGACAUUUACCCAGUUGCCUUUUUCUGUUUGGCUAAAUUGUAAUAGAAAUAUUGUGAAGGCAAAUGCUCUGUACACAUGCUUAUAACGCUAAUACUGACAGUUGUACUAAGUUAGUAUGAGUGUUGGUGUGCCUGAUCAUCUCUUACUGUUGGUUUUUAAUUUAUGACACUUUACACCAGCUACUGCUAUAUACUGUGUUUUGCAAGAUGUAAAGCAGUUUUGAUUGCUUUAAACACCAGUUUUGAAAACUUAAUGGGGCGGUUUCCCGGACAGGGAUUAGUUUAAACCAGGACUAGCCCUUAGUUAAACUAGGAUAUUUAAGGCAUUUUUAAAAAACAUACUUUACAAAAACAAACAUAAGUGUGCAUCUUGAGACAAAACAAAUGCACUUAUAUAUUUUAAGAUAUGCUAGUGCAAGUUGUUUUCGAUUAAGACACCUCUAACAUUUAAGUUAGUCUAAGACUAGAGUUAAGCCCUGUCCGGGAAACCAAUAACUUAAAAAAAAUAAUCAGCAGAAAUUUUAUGUGAAGAGAGCCGUUUAAAAUGUACUUGAAUGGUGAGUCGCAGUGUUGAGUUUUAUUCAAAUGCUGCUUGAUUUUGACUUCUAGACACUACUUGUUUCCUACAUCAUCAGUGUGUCAAGAAAGUAUAUUAGCUUUAUUGUUGAUAGCGCCAAAAUAUUUGUAUGUACAUUUUAUUCCAGAGUCUACUGGUCUUCCUUGUAGGUCCAUAAUCACUGUUCAUUUGGAGAAGUCUUCCAUUAUAUAGACAUUACAACACAUUGCCCUCUUACACACUUCUAUAGAACCUGUGACAUAUCGCACAAUUGUCUGUCAUCAUAUGAUAUAUAUUUUUAAUACUGUAGUUGAUGUGCAAGAAUGCUACCGUGUGCCCUGUUACGCAUUCUUAUUAUGUAACAGCACAAUGCAUCAAAAGAGAUCAUUGAUUACAAGUACCAUUUUAGUACUUUAUUUAAGCUUGUAAUUGAAUUUCACACAUUCUUUCAUACAAAUUGUUUUUCUGCCAUUUUUGCAGUAUUUGUGUGUUGGUGCAUUCGUGCAUGUUUUAUGACUUAGUGUGUUUUUAUAUAAAUGUAGAACAAAAGUUAUAGUUGUGGAACAAAAUAUCUCAUGUUAAUGUAAGAUGCAGGCAAUUUUUCGUGUACGUUUUUAAAGUCUGUUCAGGUUUGUUUGACACUGUGGCGUAGAUUAAAACCAGCUUGUC